AUGCAUCUCUUCCGCCGGGGCACGGCUUCCCUCUUUAGCUCCUCCAAUGUAUCCCUCGCCUCCUCCCGCACUGACACGGACACUGAUGCGGUGGGUGACAACGCCCUGGCCAAGGAGGGGUUCCAGUCAAUCUCGGCAUCCGAUCAGUUAUUCACCAAGGUAGACCCUGCAAUAGACGGUGACGAGUGUCUGCAUGACUGCGCAACAUGCACAGUGAAAUACCCCGCCAAAUUCGAUGUCGAUUACGAGGACCAGUUAUACGGCCAGGUCAAGGGAUGGGCAACCCAUGUGCUGGUAGCCACCGGCAAGUCAGAUUGGGUGCGCGACGUGGCCGACGAAGUAGGAAGUGUCAUGGAAGCUAUUGAGAAAGGAGGAGUAGAACCGAGCAAUGGAGUAAGAUAUUUACACUCUCACCCCCUGUCCAACCAAAAGCAGAACAAUCAGAGAGAACGAAAAGCAAUUAAACGAACGCGUCACUCAUACGGCUUACCUCCAUAG